AUGACUGACAACAAUCACUUAAAAAAUCCACUUGCUCCUGUUACAGCUGCUGUCUCAAAAAUAGCUUCUUCGAAUGUUGUACAGGGAACACGAAAUUUGUUAUUUCACCGCAUACACAACACGAAGGAAAGUAAAGAAGUCUUUGCUGACUAUGUAGCGAUAAUUCGUACAAAACCUUUCAGCAAAUUAUCACAACUAGAGAAGGAAAUAUCCAGAAAAAAGCUUGAAGAUACAUGUAGAAAUUUAUUGACGCGACUACACCGAGUUGGUCUUAAAUAUGAGGUCCGACGUGGUGCCGACGACUUGAUAUUUGUUUUUAUUUUAUGUCCCUUAGAUAGACUUAAACAGGAAUUUGAUAGGUCAAGAAUUCAUGAUUGGCUUGUAGGUGUUCGUAUUCGCGAUCUUGAUGAAGAUAGAGAUGUGCCCCUAACAGAUUCUGAACGAUUGCGCCUUGUAUAUGAAAUAAUUACCAACCCUCUUAAUGAAGGUGGUGCCG